AUGAAUAUUUAUCAAACUAUUUCAAGUGUCAAGAGAGAUCUCAAUAUAGUAUUUACUAAAUUUAAAACACGGUUCAGAGUUAAUGUCAUUGUUGCAAUAUUAACAGUAAUUCUUUUUAUUAUUAUUUUUAUUAUUAUAUCAGUACAAUCAAACCAUAUUGAUGAUCAAAUAACAAUACAAGAGGUGGUAAAGUAUCUCAUCUCUGAUUUUGAUAUACUCAGAUAUGAUAAAAAUAUCAGCCUACCUGGGAAUAUCACAAGAGAACAAACCCCUAAUGAUUUUAAAAUAAAAGCUCUCACAAAUAUCAUCAAGGAGAAGUUAAAAAAGGAUGUAUAUAAAGGGUUCAAGGCCUGUUUAGAAAAGGAAACCAUCCAUUACUCUGGGUUCAACUCAAUACAGACGCUGACAUUUUUUUGCAUCAUUAACAAUGAGAAUUAUAAAGGUAAUAAAAAAUUGUUACCAAUAAUUCAUAGAUAUUUUAUCUCGGAACAAAAUAUCAAUUUAAUGAUUAUUAUUUUAAGUCUAACGGUUUUUAGAGAACAACUGACCUCACUAUUUUAUUUUGAUCAACCAACUUUGCCUUUUGAGUCUAAAAUUCAAGAAAAGCCUACUUCAACUCCAGCAUAUAAAAUGAAAGAAACUGAAUAUCCACCAACAGUAUUCACUGAUUUAAAAAUCCAUAAAACUGAGAGAAUUCAAGAAAAUGUUUCUGUUUUGUAUGAUUCUACUGAGACUAUCAAUGAUGUCACAUCUGAUAGCACUGCUCGAUUAAUUGACGAUAUGUAUGAUAAUAAUAGUGAUGAGGACAACGAAUUACCUAGCAAGCCAGAAAACAACAGAGAAUUUAAGCUCAAAAAAUUAAAUUUAAUAAGGAAACAUUUGAAAAUAUUUGAUAUAGGUUCCACUGCAAAGAAGAAUCCUUCAAAAUUGAAUUCAGUAGUCUUAGCCAGAGCCAAUAAAUUUAGAAGUCGUUUUACAUCAAGACAUAGUACUUCUGAAUUUGUCAAACGUAGAGUUGAGAGUAUUCUUGAAAGAGAACAGAAUGUACUACAAAAAGGAGGUAUAAAGGAUUGUGAUAGCAUAAGAAGUUUUAUCGAUUUACAUGAUUACAAUAAUCAGCAGAACUCUCUAGUGAUCAGUAAUAAAAAAUCGGACAGCAGCAACGAUGUUGUCACCGAUAGCGUCACUAAUUUGACAAAACAGAAUAGUGAAAGCGAAAACUCAUCAAUUUCAAGUUUUGAAAUGUUAUCAGAUUCUAAAAGCUUAAGACAUUUGAAGAUAGGUCCUGAUACUUUACAAUUAGACUUCAAUUUGACAGCUGCUGAGGAAAGAAAUCGGUGGGCGUCAUAUAUCAAAAAUUUAGAGGAAUCCAACGAUACAUCUUAUGAAAAUUUAUCUAAAAACCAAGAGUUUAAUAAACAGCUCUUUCAGAUAUAUAGAGAUAGAAUAAAGCUCUAUGACGUAGGUGGAAAACCUUUGCGACGGGUUAUGAUCCCAGGAAUAGGCUGGGUUUCACAUUAUAAGGCCCAGGAACUAAUGGGAGGACCUUCAAAAUAA